AUGUCGAACGAAGACUUUGUCAAGCUGGUGCACGCCCGUGCCCGCAGGCGCUUCUCGCGUGGUCUGAAGCGCAAGCCUAUGGCCCUCAUCAAGAAGCUGCGCAAGGCCAAGAAGGAGGCUCAGCCUAACGAGAAGCCCGCCGUCGUGCGCACGCACAUGCGUGACAUGAUUGUGGUGCCUGAGAUGAUCGGCUCCAUGAUUGGCGUCUACAACGGCAAGGUGUUCACGACCGUCGAAAUCAAGCCCGAGAUGACCGGCCACUACCUCGGCGAGUUUGCCAUUAGCUACAUCCCCACCCGCCACGGUAAGGGCUCGCUCGGCAAGAAUGCCGGCCGCUUCAUCCCUCUGUACUAA